AUGUCGGAGACCGCCGAAGUUAUCCUGUAUUACGGGCCUGGCAGUGUGGCCUCUCUGACACUUAUGAUCGUCCUGGAGGAACACCACCAAAGUAGUGGACGAGAAGAAAAACAGCAAGAAACUCAAGAAGCUCAACCCGAGGAAGGAGGUAAAAUCCCUGUCUUGAAGCACGGCGAUGUUGUUAUACCUCAGUGCCUUGCUGCAUGCAUCUACUUGGAGGAAACCUUCGGAGGCACCAAACUGAUUCCUGAUGAUGACAUCACGAGCGAGGCCCUGGUGCUACAGCGCAUGUUCAGUGCACAGAGUAUCGGGGUGGGAGACACGACCAUCUGCAGCUACUGGGCGGACUAUGACGACGAGGAUGAUGAUGAUUACGGACCGGAAGAUGUAAGUCAUGGUCUCUACUAG